UAAAUCCUUAACCUUAAUCUUUUCAACUAAACUAGUAAAAAGUAAAAACCGUGUGCUAACACUAAAUUGUUCUCAAAAUGGUGCAAAAAAAAAUUAAAAAGAAGGUUGGCAAGAAAGUAGCGGCAGCCCCCCUUGAGGUGAAGAAAAUUGAAGCAAAAAAGGUGACGAAUCCGUUAUUUGAGAAGAGAACGAGAAAUUUCGGCAUUGGCCAAGAUAUCCAACCGAAGAGAGAUCUUUCAAGAUUUGUUAAAUGGCCCAAGUAUAUCAGGAUUCAAAGGCAGAUGGCUGUAUUGCAGAAAAGGUUGAAAGUCCCUCCUCCAAUCAACCAAUUUACUCAGACAGUUGACAAACAAACAGCAACUCAAUUGUUCAAACUGUGUGAGAAAUACAGGCCUGAGACAGAAUUGCAAAAGAAAAACAGAUUGAAAGCACGUGCAGAGGCUAAAAUAGCUAAAGGUACUAAAAAAGAAACAUCUAUUCCUGCUAAACCAAACACUAUCAAAAGUGGAGCAAACACAGUGACCAAGUUGGUUGAACAGAAAAAAGCUCAACUUGUUGUGAUUGCUCAUGAUGUAGACCCUAUUGAAGUAGUACUUCAUCUUCCUGCUCUCUGCCGUAAGAUGGGAGUACCUUAUUGUAUUGUAAAAGGAAAAGCUAGAUUAGGUUUGUUAGUGAGAAGAAAAACUUGUACUUCCAUUGCAAUUACUCAAGUUGAUUCUGGAGAUAGAACUAAUUUUGCCAAACUUUUGGAAACUAUCAAAACCAACUUCAACGAUCGUGGAGAUGAAAUUAGAAAGUUGUGGGGUGGUGGUCUUCUUGGAUGUAAAUCUGCAGCUCAUGUUGCCAAAAUUGAGAGGGCGAGAGCAAAGGAAUUAGCCCAGAAACAAGGUUAAUUUUAUUAUAAGAUAUUGACAGUGAUUUUAUGAAAUAUAAGUAAGUGUAAAGUU